UUUACAAGAAGGAAUUAAAAGUGACACAAGGAAGGAAUUUUGUAUGAUUUGAACUAAUAUGAACAAUAAGGACAAGUACGUCGCCUUUAAAGGGAAGACAAUUAGACUGUUUAAGUAAUACCAUAAUAUUAUUUGAGCAAACAGAAUGGAAAACAGAAAGUGAAGUUGAUAGAAAACCAUGUCGCUUUUGGGAAAUGUGAUUAAUCCAAAUGUCACUAGUGUUGGGAGUAUUCCUGGAGGAAACCUAACUCCUGGAAUUCAAAUUGUGGUACAAGGCGUUGCCCCAGCCCAUUCAGACGGGUUUUCAUUCAAUCUGUCAAGUAAAAUUAGUGACAGUCGAUGUGAUAGAGCUCUGCACUUUAAUCCAAGGUUUACUCAACACUGUGUAGUUAGAAAUUCGUUGAAAAACAAUGCCUGGGCUGAAGAGGAGACAAAUAAUGGAAUGCCGUUUAGAAAAGAGGAAUCCUUUGAAAUCGUUAUUGUGACUGAUUUAUAUUGUUAUAAAAUUUCAGUUAACAAACGAAACUUCUGCGUAUUUAAACACAGACAUCCCCUGGCAGGCGUUAAUACCUAUUCAGUUGAAGGAAUUGUGAAGAUAACGUCCAUCAAAUUUCUAGAAAUACGUACGCCUAGUUGUAGCGUACAGCCAGCAGUAACAAACAACCAUGGUGCACAUCCAACAAAGCCAAUAUUAAAUCCACCUGGUUGUAGUGCACACCCAGUAGUAAUGAAUCACCAUGCUACACAGCCAACAAAGCCAAUAUUUAAUCCAGCUGUACCAUUGACAACAGGAAUACCUGGUGGAUUAUAUCAUGGUAAAAUGAUUUUCAUAUCUGCAGUUCCAGCAGGUACAAACAGAUUUACUUUUUAUCUACAAGAAGGAUCUUUACAUAAUGCAGAUGUUGGGAUGGUGUUCGAUGUCAGGUUUAAUUUUGGUUCAUGUGUAGAAAUGGUGAUUCGUAAUCACAGAUCGCGUGGUACUUGGGGACAAGAAGAACAUACUAUUCCAUACUUCCCAUUUGUAAGAAAUGUUCCAUUUGAGAUUAUUAUCCUUUCUGAAAGUACAGGCUUCAAGGUAGCAGUGAACAAUCAACAUUUUCUAGAGUUCCGACAUAGACUAAUGCCACUUGCCAGAUUCAAUAUGCUACAUAUAACUGGGGAUGUUACCGUAAAACAAGUCAGAUUUCAAUGAACACAUUAUAAGAAACUUCAGUUGCCAUUUUGAAUGAAAUGAAAUAGUUCAUGUUUAUGUUUUAUAUUAAAAAUGCUCUAUUUGUUGCAAUAUCAAAGAUACAGAUUGUUUUAAUUUCUGGUCCAUAUACACCAAAGUCGUCCACAUACUAUUUGGUGUAUAUACUGCCGUCUAUCGUUAUCUUAAAGUUGAUCCGACCAUGGAAGUAUUGUGUCAAUAUAAUACUUCCAUGAUCCGACUGACAAAAAAUAUAUGAUAUGACAGGAAAUUGGAAAUGUCAGGAGUAAGUAUAUUCCAAAUCUAUCAUUUAAGACUAUACAAUAAAAUUGACUGAAGGUAAGGCAUUGAUAUUUAUUUUCAUAAGGAGGCAUCUGUAUUUCCAGUACAAGAAAGUCAUGAAGAUCUCAUUUCAUUGGUAAAACAUUUAGUGGCCCACAAUUGCCCAUUCUUGUAUAUGGAUGCAUUGGUGCAAGUAUUUUAGCUUCUUAAACAAAAAUAUAUUAUUAUCUGCAUUUCAAAAUUAUUUGGUAUGAUUUUUCGUUCAAGUUUGGGCCUACACGAGUUUCGAUGUAGGUUGCGGAACGAGCCAGGUUGGAAGUUUGUCAAAAUAAGAUAACAAAAACUAAAUUUUAGUUUCGCAAUUUGUGUGCGGAAAUGUGUAUCAUGACUGGGAACCGCUGUUUAAUUAAACAGCGAAGACUGAGCGCCUGGCACAUUUUUGGUUUGAGUUCUGCAAUUUUCUGCAUUUAAUUAUCAAAAUUGUAAAUGUGAUCGUACUUUUGGUUUGUACUUGUGAACGUGACAUUUUACGUUAUAAAAACUAAGGGUCAAAUUUUUUUUUAUUUAUCUGUUGAUGUAUAGAAUUUUACAUCCACGAAUUAAGCUCUCAAGUGUACAAAAACAAAACACAUAUGUAGAAUGCAUAUGACUAGAUAUAUCGAAGUUGUUGGGGGAAAAUAUUCAAAAUUAAGUGAACGUGUAUUUCUUGUUAUACCAAGACUCCAUAGCUUAUAAAAAAUCGAGUUCUUUUGUUUUAUAUAUAUAUAUAUAUUAAAUCUGUCAACUAACGGGGAAUUAGCCCCUAAAACCCAAACUCUGCUUGUCGAACAUUCCGCAGACCACUCUGCCUCAAAAUAAUAUCCCUUGUGCUAUGGCCUAGUCGAA